AUGGAGGACAACCCAGCACCCAGAUCCAGACCCCUGAUCAUCAGAAGUACCUACAUGGACAACUUCAGAAACAGACGUGAGAACCAAACUUACCUGUGCUACGAGGUGGAGGUCUGGCAGGAUGACGCCUGGACCCUAAUGGAGCAGUACCAGGGAAUCGUGAGCACCCUGGGACGCUUACGGGAUCAUUUCCCGGAUCAUAGAAAUCAAACGAAACCCCAUGCAGAGUUGUGCUUCUUGGAUCGGGUAUCUUCUUGGCACCUGGAUCAGGAGAAGCAGUACAGACUCACCUGGUACAUCUCCUGGAGCCCCUGCUUUGACUGUGCUCUGAAGCUGGUUGAAUUCCUGCGGGAUAACAGCCACGUGAGACUGCGCAUCUUCAUUGCCCACAUCCGUAUCCAUGGAUGUAAUGAUAGACUGCGUGACCUGUGGGACGCUGGGGCCCAACUGGCCAUCAUGACCCGCAAUGAGCACCAGCACUGCUGGGACACCUUCGUGGACAACCAGGGCAAGCGAUUCAAGGCCAGGACUAAACUGAAACGAUACGUAGCAGAUCAGUGUCAUAAGCUGGGGGACAUUCUCGCGGUGAGAUUCCUCCCUUCUGCUCCCUGCCCUGUCUUCCCCCCUCCCCUUCACCCCCCGGCACCGGGACCCAGAGCCAGGCCCAGGAGACACUCCGCUCCCAUGCCCUGGCCCAGACUGUAUCCCAAGAUCUUCGACUUCAACUUCCAAAACAUAAAUUCCUACGGGCGGAAGUCUACCUUCCUCUGCUUCGAGGUGGAAAGAUGGAAGAAUGGCUCAUUUCUUAACUCUCUGAAGGGUGUCUUUCGAAACCAGCUGAAUCCUGGCCACGCAGAACUCUGCUUCCUGGAUUGGUUCUGUGACGUGGUUCUGUCUCCUCAUGUGCAAUACCGUGUCACCUAGUUCAUAUCCUGGAGCCCCUGCUUGGAGUGUGCAGAGCAGGUGGCUCAGUUCCUGGAGAGGAACAUGAACGUGGACCUGAGCCUCUCCGCCGCCCGCCUCUACUAUGAGAACGAAGAUGACCAGGGGCUUCGAGAUCUGGUGGAUGCAGGGGCCCAGGUGGCCAUGAUGGCCCCAGAGGAUUUUAAAUACUGCUGGGAUAACUUUGUGUACCACGGGGGAAGGCCUUUUAAGUACUGGAAGAAUGUGCAUCGAAAUUAUUAUAGUCUGCAGCAGAAGCUUGAUGAAAUCCUCUGGUGGACUGAGGAGAAUCCAUGGCUUUAUUUUUGGGACGGAAAGAUGUCUCCAAGCGGCUGGCUCCUGGAGCUGAAAUGGAGAAGCCCUAUCUAACACUGAAGAAGCACGGAUUUCUCUUCAGCUUCUCUGAAGCUCCCCUCCCCAGGCCCCUCGCUGCAUAAAAACCCUUGACUUUAGCUUUUCGGGGAGGACACAUUUGAGAGAUCUCGCUGUCCUCUUCUUUGGCCAAACCCAAUAAACCUUCCUCUGUCUUCAAGCACC